UCCAUAGCCAUUAAUUGCUUUCCGAUUCAGAAUUCAAUGGCUCGAUUUAUCUUUCUUUUCCUUGCCUUUCUCAUUCUGAUCACUUAUGUUACCAUUAUUGGCAUUUGCAAUGGCAACUCUGUUCAUGCGGUCUGCAUUGAUAGCGAGAAAGAAGCCCUUUUGAAGUUCAAGCAAGGUAUUGUGGAUCGCACCAACCGAUUGGCCUCUUGGCUUUCCGAUGGAGAUUGUUGUAGAUGGACGGGAAUUGUCUGCGACAACAUGACUGGUCAUGUCAUUGAACUCCACCUCAGAACUACUCCAUGGGAGGUCGAUGACUAUGUGUACGAUUAUGAGGCUUAUGACGCUUAUGAGAGAUCGAGGCUGGGUGGUAAGAUAAGUCCUUCUCUGCUCCAUUUGAAGCAUUUGAGGUAUUUGGAUCUUAGCAACAAUGAUUUUGGAGGAAUUCACAUUCCCAAGUUUUUUGGUUCUUUGGGGAGUUUAAGAUACCUUAACCUUUCUAGUGCAAAUUUUGGAGGGGAGGUUCCUCACCAUCUUGGGAAUCUCUCUAAUCUGAAGUAUCUCAAUCUUGGGAAUAAUAAUUACUCCAUGUAUGUUAAGAAUCUCCACUGGUUGUCUAGUCUUUCUUCAUUGGAGUAUCUUGAUUUGAGUUAUGUGAACCUUAGCCAAGCCUCCGAUUGGUUUCAUGCAUUAAAUACACUUCCUUCUUUGGUAGAAUUACACUUGUCAUACUGUCAACUUCCCUAUCAGGUCAAUCCCAUUGCAAGUGUAAAUUUAUUAUCUCUUGCUACCCUUUCUCUUUCUAUGAAUUAUUUCCAAAACUUGUCAGUGAUCAAUUGGGUUUUUGGUCUCCAGAACCUGAUUUCCCUUGAUCUAUCUAAUACUGAUAUUGAGGGUCCAAUCUCUUAUGGAUUUCGAAAUUUGACUUUGUUGAAGCACCUUGAUUUGUCAUACAAUUAUUUCAAUUCUUCAAUACCUAAUUGGUUGUACACUUUUGCUCCUCUUGAGUCUCUAGAUCUUCACUCUAAUGAUUUGAAAGGUCAAAUUUCAAGUGAGAUAGAAAAAAUGAACUCUAUUGUUGACCUUGAUUUAUCCUAUAAUAGUUUUGAAGGUCGAAUCCCAAUUAGAUCAAUAGGAAAUCUUUGCAACUUGAGGUCACUCUCUUUCUCUGGUGUUAAUUUGAGUCUAGACAUAUCAAAUGUCUUAGAAGUAUUUUCUGUAUGUGUUUCUAAUAAAUUAGAGUCAUUGUUCUUGGAUAAUUGUCAGCUCUAUGGACAACUAACCAACCAACUAGGGAACUUCAAAAUUUUGAGAGAGUUGUAUUUGUCUAGAAACUCUAUCUUUGGUUCAAUACCACAAUUCAUAGGAGAGCUUUCAUCCGUGAAAAUUUUAUAUCUCUCUCAUAACAAAUUCAAAGGAAACUUUCCUGAGUCAUUUGGUCAACUUUCCAAUUUAGAAGUUGUUGAUAUAUCAAAUAAUUUUUUGGAAGGUACUCUUCUUGAGAAACACCUUUUGAACCUCACAAAAUUGUUAGUUUUAAUUGCAAAUGGGAACCCACUGAUUUUGAAGGUUGAGCUUGAUUGGAUUCCUCCUUUUCAAAUUCGAGAGUUGGGAUUAAGCUCUUGGCAUUUAGGACCACAAUUUCCACAUUGGCUUUCUUCUCAAACACACCUAACAUAUUUAGAUAUCUCAAACUCUGGAAUAACAUGCACUAUCCCUAGUUGGUUUUUGGACUCGUCCCAUCAUUUGAGCUAUUUGAAUCUCUCUCAAAAUCAAAUUCAUGGACAACUUCCAAGUAUUUAUAGCUUCAAUGAUCCAAUAUCUCAAAUCUUCUCCUAUUUGACUGUCUUAGACCUUUCCAAUAAUCUUUUAUCAGGUUCCCUUUUCAACUUUUUGUGUCUUGGGGUCAAUGAAACCACAAUUGGAAUGUUUACUCUCAAUCUUGGCAACAAUUUUUUGUCUGGAGAGUUACCAGAUUGUUGGUCCAGGUGGCCAAAUUUACGGGUCAUUGUAUUAGAAAACAAUAGUUUCACAGGUAAAAUUCCGAACUCCAUAGGAACUCUACAAUUCCUUAGAUCAUUGCAUCUUCGUAAAAAUAACCUUUCAGGAGAAUUUCCUAUGUCCAUAAGGAAUUGUACAAUUUUGCAAACCCUUGAUUUUGGUGAAAAUGAAUUGGUUGGGAACAUCCCAUCAUGGAUGGGUCGUAAUCUUCCAUACCUGACAAUCUUGAGCCUCCGUUCAAAUAAGUUUUCAGGGCAUAUACCUAGAGAGUUGUGUGCACUCAAUUUUCUCCAGAUCUUAGACGUUGCUCGUAAUAGUCUUUCAGGAAGCUUACCAAGUUGCGUUAGUAACUUAAGUGCCAUGCUUUAUUCUGCAAAUGGGUCAUUCAGGAACUACAUUAGCUACCCUGUCGGACAUUUUAUUGAGAAUUUAUUUCUUGUGAUGAAAAGCCAAUUUUAUGAAUAUGGUUGGACUCUUAAUUUGGUAAGAGUCCUUGAUUUGUCAGAUAAUAGUUUAUAUGGAGAUAUUCCUUGGGAAAUAACUAGGCUUCAGGGAUUGCAAUCACUGAAUUUGUCACACAACCAUUUCACUAAAAGGAUCCCUCCAAAUAUUGGUGACAUGAGUUCACUAGAAUCUCUUGAUCUUUCUGCAAACAAAUUGCUUGGGUCAAUCCCUGAAAGCAUGUCCAAAUUGUCAUUUCUAAGCUACUUGAACCUUUCUGACAACCAAUUGAUUGGAAAAAUUCCCUUAGGUACUCAGUUGCAGAGCUUUGAUGCAUCUUGUUAUGGUGGAAAUGAACUUUGUGGCCUUCCACUAAUGAAGAACUGCAACGAAGUUAAUCAAAGAGUACCUGGCACUGGAAAUAAUGUGGGGAAAGAUAUGGGUAGAGAUAAAGUGAAUUGGUUGUUUGUUAGCAUGGCACUUGGAUUUAUUUUUGGAUUUUGGAGUGUAUUGAGUCCUCUUUUAAUUAGUAGGCAAUGGAGGUAUGCAUACUAUCAAUGUUUGGAUGAGAUGUGGCAGAAAGGCCAGUCAUUUUGGGAGUAUAUUUUUCUAAAAUCUUAUGUAGUUUUCUUUACGAGUGUAUUUCUCUUCAUGUUCUUGUGAUAUAUUACAAAGCAUCACCUCUCCGCUUUCAGCAACUCUGUUUGAUUUUUUGUUAUCCAUAAUAACGUCAUAAAAUAGUU